CAAUAUACGUGAUGCCAAGAAAUUCAUCUACAUGAUCUCACCCACUGGAGGCACUGACAUCAAUGGUGGCAUUCAGGCAGGCUCGGCCUUACUCGGUGACUACCUCUCUAGCAAAGAAGAGUCCCAUCACAACAGCGUGUCACUCAUAAUCUUCCUGACCGAUGGGCGGCCCACAGUUGGCAUAGUUCAGAGUCCGGCCAUCAUUGGCAACACCAAAGCAGCAGUGCAGGAGAAGUUCUGCCUCUUCACAAUUGGGAUGGGUGAUGACGUGGACUACAGGCUCUUGGAGAGGAUGUCCCUGGAGAACUGUGGAACCAUGAGGAGAAUCCCAGAGGAUGCAGAUGCCAGCGUCAUGCUCAAAGGCUUCUACGAUGAGAUCGGCACUCCAUUGUUAUCCGACAUCCGGGUGGAAUACUCUGAGGAUGCUGUGGAAUACAUCACCCAGAACCUUUUCACAAAUUACUUCAACGGCUCUGAGCUCAUUGUAGCUGGAAAACUGACCAAUCACAGCUCAGACUCGUUGCAUGUUCAGGUUACCGCCAGCAACAGCGAGCGAAGCAUCGUGCUGGAGAAAGACAUGUCAAUACACGAGCGAGAGCAGGAAACCGAACGGCGGCUAGCGGAAGCGGAGGCGGGUCCAAAUGUGAACGGUUACGUGGAACGACUGUGGGGAUACCUGAGUGUUAAAGACGGGCUAAAAGGACGACUGCGCAGCCAGACGAGCGCAGAGCGGGAAAACUACACACAACACACUACAAAUCUGUCGUUAACGUAUAAUUUCCUCACGCCACUCACACAAAUGAUAGUGGAGAAACCACAAGUGCUGGCCGAUGGAACUUUAGCACAGACACAGAAAGAGGCAGAGGCCACCGAGGCUCCGCCCCCUGCUGAGUCAUCCAGUCAGCUGUCGGAAGACGACAACAAUCUAACACCCCAGAGCCUGCACAGAAAUCAACCGCCCAAGCCAACUUCUGCAGUCUCCAAGGCAACAAGUGGCGUCAGCAAACUUACCAAAAAGUCUGUCACCUUAUCCAAAACAUCCGCUGAUGGCGACCCUCAUUUUGUGGUGGAGGUACCCCACAGUAAACUGACUGUGUGUUUCAACAUUAAUGGGGAGCCAGGACACAUUCUCCGACUCGUGACUGACCAUAAACACUCAGGCGUGACUGUGAACGGUGCACUGAUUGGAGCUCCAGCCCCAGCCGGCAGUCAUAAAGAACAGAGGACAUAUUUCAACACCAUAACAAUAGUAGCCGAUAAACCACACCGCUCUUAUAUUGAGGUGACCCCACAAAAGGUCAUACUGGACGACCGGGACCGGAUGAUCUUACCAUCCAGCUCCAGCAUUUCCGUUCAGACCGCAAACCUGGGUGUGGUCAUUAUUGCUAACACAAACCUGACAGUGACCAUUCUAGGAACUAUCCAGUUUGUCAUCUUAUUCCACCAUUACAAAAAUCCAGCGCCCUAUCAGCGGGAUCACCUGGGGUUUUACAUCGCUAACAGCAAAGGAUUGAGCAAGGAUACACAUGGGUUGCUAGGCCAGUUCCUGUAUGAAGACAUUGGAUUGACGCAGCUUAAUGGAAAUUUCAGCAUGGCCAGAGAAAACAGCACACAGGAACCACUAGGGAAAAAUAUCAGUCUACCCAGCUGCCCUGCACUGAAGGUGAAGGAUCGUACUGUCACUGUCAUAAAGAAGAGCAGGCGAAUCUACUCUGGAAAGCAGACAGUAGACUGCUGGUUUGCCAAAAACAAUGCGGCUAAACUGAUUGAUGGACAAUACAGUGAUUAUGUUGUGUCACAUCUGUUUGACACAGGAGACUGGGCUAAUGGAACCAACACACACUAAGACAAACACACACACACACACACACACACACACACACAAACAUUCAGAAUAUAAUUCUACCAGACUGAUGGUCAUGACCCAGAUAUAUUCACACAAACACUUUGAAAACCAUCACAAAGACCCAUAAGCAGUAUUUUAAGUAAAUGAUUUAUAUCUGAACAUAAUACUUUACUGUUUUUUA